GGUGACCGGUGACGUCACGGACACGUGUCGGUCACGUGAUCGCCGGAGACGCUGCCGCCGUUGCUGCUGCUGCUGAAGUUUCUAUGAUGGCGGCCAGUAAUUAUUAUGGGUUCACGCAUGCAGCCGCCGCCGCCGCCGCCGCCGCCGGUCCGCAGUACAGCGCCCAGCCGCCUCCUGCGUAUUCCCACCCGACCACGGGCAGCUAUAGCGUCCAGGCCGCCCCCGGAGUGGCCCACGCGGUGACGGCCUCGUACCCCGCCGCCGCCCAGCCGGCGAGCCCUGCGGUGACCGCCCCUUACCCCGCCUACCAGCCCCACCCCGGCCCCAACUACGGCUACCGGCAGCCCGAAACGUCCCCCCAACUCACCACCACCCCUCAAACCUACCAGGUGUUGGCCGAACCGGAGAAUUACAACUACGGCCGCCCGCCGCCGGUCAGCAGCUACGAGAACAAGCAGUACUUUCAAACGAGCAUCGCACCUGCGCAGAGAACCGCCACCGAGGCCUACUUCCAGACAGGGCUGAAGAGUGGCUACAGCCCCACGAGCACGGCCUACAGUCAGCCGCCUGUUCAAAGACAGGUCGCCGCUCUGAAGCCCCCUCCCGCUGUGAGCUCGGUGUCCUCCAGCUACACCAUCUACCCGACAUCAACCAGCGUGCAGCAGACUCCGGCCCCCAUAUCCACUUACACCCCCAGCUCUUCCUUCAACUCCACAGCUGCUACGUCCUACUCCGCCGGUCUCAGCUAUUCCAGCUAUGAGUCUAGCGGCUACACGUCCGCGCCGUAGUACUUUCAGCCGGCUCAGCUGGCGCCCCCUCAGCCUCAGGCCCUCCAGCAGCCUCAACAACAGCCUCCGCCGCCGCAGCAGACGCAGCAACCUCCCAAACAGAUCGCCAACUCCUCCUGGAGCAGCGCGGCCAGCCCCGCCGUCGCCAGCCCCGCCCUCAACACGUACAAGAAACCCGUUUUCCAUCAGAACAAGAUCCAGAAGCCCAAAGGCCCGCCGAAACAGCCUCAGCUGCACUAUUGCGAUAUCUGCAAGAUAAGCUGUGCUGGUCCGCAGACGUAUCGAGAACAUCUGGAAGGACAGAAGCACAAGAAGAAAGAGGCGGCUCAGAAGAGCGGCAGUCAGGUGACGAACGGACCUCGCGGCGUCCAGACGCAGCUGCGCUGUGAACUGUGCGAUGUCUCGUGCACCGGCGCAGAUGCGUACGCCGCGCACAUCCGAGGAUCCAAGCACCAGAAGGUGGUGAAGUUGCACACCAAACUUGGCAAACCCAUCCCUUCCACGGAGCCCGUUUUCGUGAGCUCUGCCCCUGCUGCCGUGACGAUGACUGCUAGCAAGACGGCGGCGGCGGCGACAACCACUCCCACCCCUACAUCACUUGCGCAGAAGACGCCGGCGGCGGCUCUUUCCAAACCCGUGGUGUCUCCUGCGAAGAAACCUGCCACUACUAAAGCUGCCAUUAUCGGCAGCAGAACGAUUACACCGGCUCAGGUGAAGCUGGAGGAGACGAAGCCGCCCGUGGCGAAGACGGACACUUUGAGCGACGAUGACGACGGUGAUGGCGCUGGAGCUCAAGGAGACAUUCAGCCCGUGGGACAUGAUUACGUCGAAGAGGUUCGAAAUGACGACGGAAAGGUGAUUCGUUUUCACUGUAAACUGUGUGAAUGCAGUUUCAAUGAUCCCAACGCUAAAGACAUGCACCUGAAGGGACGGAGACACCGGCUGCAGUACAAGAAAAAAGUGAACCCGGAUCUGCCGGUGGAGAUCAAGCCCAGUAAUCGAGCUCGGAAACUUCUGGAAGUCAAACUGCGAAAGCAGAAGCAGAAAUCUGUGCUGAAGAGACAACAGGAGGACGAACAGCGCUGGCACAUAGAAAUGAGCAGGAGGUACGAGGAGGACAUGUACUGGAGGAGAAUGGAGGAGGAGCAGCUGUACUGGGUGGAGAUGAGGCACAGAAUGGCCCCGCCCCCUUUAAUGGGCCGGCCCAGCAUUCCAGUGCCACCUCUGUUGCCAGUGCGCCGGCCCGAUUCGCCCGACGAUCGCCACAUCAUGGCUAAACACUCGGCCAUCUACCCCGUGGAGGAGGAGCUUCAGGCCGUCCAGCGAAUCGUCUCGCAUUCUGAGCGUGCGCUCAAACUGGUGUCCGAUUCGCUGCUGGAGAAAGAGGCGUGUCCCGCGGAUGACGACGACGACAACGACUCGACGGACAAACAGUCCCAGGAGUCCCAGGCCCGUAUUCUCAAAGGAGUCAUGCGUGUGGGAAUCCUGGCUAAAGGUCUCCUCCUGCGCGGCGACCGCAAUGUCCAGCUCAUCCUGUUGGCGGCCAAGAAGCCGACCGCCUCUCUGUUGAGAACCGUUGCAGAGCAACUGCCCAAACAGCUAGCGACCUUUUCUGAAGAUCAGUAUGAGGUGCAGGUACACCCUGAGGAAGCCAACAUCGUCAUUUUUUCAAGCAAGGAACCAAAAAUGCAGGUCACCAUCUCUCUUACCUCGCCAGUGAUGCGCGAAGACCCCGUCCCCAACAUGGAGAAAGCGUCAGAGAAAGAACCUCCGGAUGUUCUUAACAGGACCAAGUGCCUUGAGUAUUUAGCAUCUCUGCGACAUGCUAAAUGGUUUCAGGCUCGGGCGAACGGUCUUCAGUCUUGCGUCAUCAUCAUUCGGGUUCUGCGGGAUCUGUGUCAGCGCGUACCUACCUGGGGCAAGAUGCCUGACUGGGCCAUGGAGCUGCUUGUGGAAAAGGCUAUAAGCAGUGCAUCAGGUCCACUCAGCCCCGGAGAAGCUCUGCGGAGGGUCCUCGAAUGCAUCGCUAGCGGGAUUCUCCUGCCCGACGGUCCAGGUCUGCUCGACCCCUGUGAGAAAGGUCAAACGGAUGCUCUGGGGAACAUGUCCAAACAAGCCCGGGAGGACGUGACCGCUAGUGCCCAGCACGCCCUGCGACUCCUGGCUUUCCGUCAGAUCCACAAGGUCCUCGGCAUGGGCUCUCUGCCGGUCUCCAAGGCCGGCGCUCGAAACCGCAAGAGGCGGCGCGACGGCAGCGACCCCGGCGAGGGAGAGGCCGACGGAAAGAAGGACAAAAAAGACGAUUCUCACGACUCCUGAGACGUCUGCGCGGUCGCGGCAAGCCGUUGCGUCUUUAGAAAUGUAUAAAUAUCGCUCGAGGAGGAAAAAAACACAACAGCCGAUGGUUCCGCUUUUCGAGAGGACAAGACAUGGAAAAAAACGUAGUCGUUCCCCUUUUAUGAUGCAAUACGUCUUUCUAUUACAUCUGAGCUGAAAAUAGGCCCGAAAUGCAGCAGCUGCACCCCUUUUUCAGAGCAUCAGAUGAUGAGUAAACGGCGCUAGCGAUUAGCGACCGAAAUAAUAUAUAAAGUCACUGAACGUCACGUUAGCUCUAUUAGGCACUUUGACAUAUUAAUGGCACUUAAUUAAAAGCUUUAAUUCUACAGACACAGGCCAGUCUUUUUUUGUUUACAUAAUACGUAUAAUUUCCUUUACAGUGGGGACCAGAGUUUAGACGUUUUAACGCGGAAAUAAAUGUUUUAUUAUUUAGAAAAAUGUUAAACGAGGAUCACAACUUCAUUACGGUAAAAUUACGGUAAUUUACGGCGACGCGAUAUGUUAACCGCUUAAAAUUUUUAUUAUUAUUUAUUCAUUUUAAUUUUUUUUUCCGCUAAAAUUUAAAGUCCAUGCUUUUGGUUCCCACUGUAUAAACACAAAAUAUUUCGAUAUAUUUAUAAACAUAAAUCGUACGUAAAUAUUACAUAAAUUCUAUGUAAUAUUAUUAUAAUGUAUCAUAUAAUAAUAUUAUUACGAAGUAAUUACUGUGUAUCUUUAAAGAAAAAAAAGGUUUUUAAAACGAGUAGAUAUUAGUAUUCACUAAUAAGCUGUUAAAAGCGACACGAUUCAGCUUUGUGUGGUUGUUUAUUAACCCGACACUGGAUUUCUACACGUUUAGGCGUCAGACCUGUAACCGACGGACGAAAAAAAACGACUAAAUAGACGCAGUACUUCUCGGCUUAUCAUUAUUUUUAUUUGCAUACUGAAUAAUCGCUCAUUUCACGGUGAGAAGCUGGCGUUUCGAACAGGGUAUCGAGUCGUUGUUCUCCGGCGGACGACGCGAAAAACGCAACGUAAAGUCUGUGGUUCUUCACACGUGCCUGCGGUAAAGACUUAAAAGUACUUGAAAUGUGAACGAGGAGGUGAAUUUCCGGUUCUUCAUAUUGCAAUAUAAUAUAAUGUAAUACCUCUCUAUUCUUACAUUUUUAUAUAAAAGAGUUCAAUCUAACGAGAGUCGCGCAGUUUGCUAGAAAGAUUGCCGUUCGUAGUGUAUCGAAUUGAUUAUUCGUAUCGCCCGAAUUUGCGUUCCGCCACUCGUUUUUACGUAUAAUGCAAUCGUAUCCCGGCGUUUUUAAAUGUUCCUGCUGAGUGUUCGUUCUCGUUUUGUAGGACUGUGAAUAAUUAUAGUGUGAUCUUUCUUUCGGUUGGAAUAUCUGUGUAGUGCUGCUUCACUAAAUAAACUGAGAAAACCAUC